AUGCUUAUUUCAAUACUACUAUUAUCGAUUUUCUUCGGUCUUGCCGUUGCAGGUCCAUUUGCUCAAGUGCCAGGACAGGCACCACUAGAGGCACCAACGCUCGUAGUGGAAGCAUUUCCGGAAGUAUCGAGAGCACCAGAACCAGAAUUAUGGCAGGGUGAAAGGGAUCCACCGGAUGAGCGGAAUGAUAAAGGCUGGCCACUAUUAUCUGACUUUAUCCCCAAUAUUUUUGUAGACCCCAAGUGCAGCAGUGAACAAAAGUUCACACUCUCUGCUGCAUGGGCAGAUGCAAAAAAUCUGUCAAUAGCACAAUCAACAGCCAUAGAAGACUAUGAUUUCGAGAUCCCGCAUGUAGCCUGGUUGGGUCUGGGAUGGGACGGCGCAGCUUUGGAUAACACUAACGACGACGCCAAGGAACGUGCCAUACGCAAACAACGGAAACACUACAUCGAGCUUAACAUUGUCAACAAUGGGAGACUCUACGAGGGAAAGAGAUAUGAACCUCAUGUUAUCUAUUGGACAUGCGAAGACGUUGAAAAGAAAUGUGAGCCCAACCAGAUAUCAGGGAAAACUCACAACGACGAAGAGGGCGUGAGUGCCUAUCCGAACUGCCACACAACAAUAUGGUGCCCGGGCUUUUUUGGGCUGGAGUUACUUGAAGAACAAAUUCAGAGGUAUAGAGGCGAUGAGCUCGCUAUGUCGCUUAUAGACAAUUUUGCGAUUAAUGCCGGUACAGUUAAGUUCCACGAAGUCUACAAGUAUGAAUGGCUGGUAUCCUUUCCGGCGCUCAAACCAGAUGACUUCAUUCAAGGUAAUGAUCGAGCGGGAAAAGUCUGGAAUUUUGCCAGAACGGAAGCACCGGGUGGAGGGGGUACCAAAUAUGCGUAUAUAACAGCGGAUUCUUACGUUAUGGACGCGCUUGCUAUUUUUGUUUACCAAAGCUACGGAACUGAAUAUCCGCCUAUACCUAAGGCCGUCAGGAAUCUUGCAGAUCCUCCACCUGGUUACGACUCCGAGCCGAGGCCACCUGCUUACACCUAUACCAUAGCAAUAGAUCCAAAUCCACCAUCUUCCACCUCUACUACAACACUAGAUCCAAAUACAUCUUCUUCCACCUCUAGUCAACCUGAUCCGAAUCCGUCUUCUUACACCUCUACCACAACACCAAAUCCAAAUCUACCUUCUUCCACCUCUAGUCAACCCGAUCCAAAUUCGCCUGCUGUCGAGACACCAGCACCAACCCGUUGA